GUUUUGUAUUUAUAGUCGAGUUGUUGUAAUUAGUAAAUUCAAGAUCAUCGGUGCGGCGCCAUCUCAUUGAGUAUCAAAGUAGUUCUCAACCUGCACCACCACCUCCCUCUUCCUCUCCUCCAUCCCGCCACUCGCAGCCCAGAGCCAAGAAUGCGCGCAGUCGUGCAACGUGUGCGCUCGGCCUCAGUCUCCGUCGACGACACCCUGAUCUCCUCGAUCAAUAGAGGUCUGCUAGUACUCCUCGGAGUCGAAGCAGGCGACACGCAAAAAGAUGCAGAGCAGAUGGCUAGCCAAAUCACCAAGUUGAGAAUAUUCCCGUCGCCGCCCGCUGCUGCUGUGGAAGGGUCGUCGAGUACGCCUGCGGAAGGGUCGACGCAGCUGAGCAAGCAGUGGGAUAAGAGCGUGGUUGCUAUCGACGGGGAGAUUUUGUGUAUUUCGCAGUUCACACUGCUUGCGUCUGUGAAGAAGAAUAAGCCUAGUUUCCAUAGAGCUGAGGGGCCACAGGCGGCGCUGGAGAUGUACGACUACACGAUGGCACAGAUGGAGAAACAGUUUGGCGAGGCGUCGGUAGGGAAGGUGAAGCCUGGGGUUUUUGGGGCGUAUAUGCAGGUGUCGCUCGUCAACGACGGACCGGUUACGAUAGAACUGUCGACGAAGUAGAGCAGGAGAACGAUAUAUGGCUACGAUGUAUAGAGAGGAUGA